UAACCUGCAUAAAAAGUAUUCAAAUUAAAAGUCAAAGCAAACAGGGAAAGGCAUGUGAGAACAGGAAGGAGGUUGACGUGAUUUCCGCAGGCUUAGACCGGGGAAAGUUGUUUCCUGAAGUUGACACUGCUGCGGAUCAUUUACACACCAAACCUCUGCUGCUGCUGGACAGAAAUGACGCGUUCAGGUUUGUGGGACUUCUGAUGGACGCAGGUGUGACCCGUCAGGUGAACUCUGUCUGACGAGAAGAUGAGCUCCACGAGACAAGACACAGAGGCGAGCCUGCAGGCCCAGCUAGCCGAGUGCCGAGCUCAGGUCGAACACUGGCAGGGUGUGGCGACGAUCUGUGAGCUGAGCAAACAGGAGGAACUGGCAGAGCUGCAAAAACAAUGUGAUCAAGAGAUCCAGUCGCUGCAGGAGGCUCUCAGAGAGACAGCAGAGCAGUAUGAGGCCAGAAUAUCUGUCCUGCAGUCUCAGCCUGCGGAGUGGAGGAGAGCCAGUGGACAGAACCUGAUGAGUGGAAGGAAAGGCAGGAUGGAUACAAGUAACGAGUCCCCGCAAUCCAUCAGCAACAGCCUGACGGAGGCCGAGGCCUCAGCGUUCACGGACCGGAGGCACCACCUCCCAGCAGAGCUCGAGGCGUCGGCGGACGGAGAAGGAACGCCGCUUUCAACAGAAGCUUAUUUUUCACUGCGGAACUGCGACUCGGCCUCGUUGUCCUCCUUCUCCUUAGACACGCCGUCUCUGCCCAGAAAGCUCCACGCUCAGGAAGACACCGACUCUCUGGUUUCCACGGGGACUCUGGUGCCUGAAGCCAUCUACCUGCCGCCGGCCGGACACCGGCUGGUCACGCACAGCGACUGGGACGCUCUCAAUGCACAGCUGUCAGAGCUGCGAGGGGAGGUGAGUCGGCUGCAGGCUGAGAAGGAGGAUCUGGAGAAAGAACUGGACACACAGACCAACCACACACACAAACAGGUAUCAUUGCUCCAGGGUCAGGUCCACACUUCAGAGGCCCUCCUGCAGGAGCUGCAGAAAUCUUUUAGCCAAUCACAGAAUGCCGUCCAGAGUCGGCUGGCAGAGUUAUCCUUCUCCCAGAGGAAGGUGUGCAGUGAGCUGUCCCGGCUGAAGGGAGAGGAGGUGGAGGAUGAAGGACCAGACUCCCGCUCAUUCCCAGCAACACUGCAGGGAGCACACUGUGAGGAGCGUCUCCGCAUCGAGAUAGUCAACCUGAGGGAGCAGCUGGACACCCGGACAGAGGAGAACGAAGUUUUAGAAGUGCAGCUGUCCAGUCUGAAGACGGAGACGGAGAGGAUCCAGGCUCAGAAGGACCAUCUGCAGGCUGAACUGCUGGCCUGCCGCACUGAACUGGAAGCCCUGCGGGUGGCGCUGUCUCAUGUGCAGAGCACCAACAAGGGCCUCAGUCAUGAUAAGGCGUCUCUGCACCAACAGUGUCUGGAGCUGCGUAGUCAGGUGAUCAGUCUGCGCUCUCAGGUGGACACCAGCCAGACUGUCCAGCAGGACUUCGUCCAGCUCUCCCAGUCGCUGCAGGUGAAGCUGGAGGUGAUUCGGCAGGCUGAGACUCUUGAACAGGUCCGGGAGAUCCUUGAGGAGAGAGUCAGUGAAGCCGGUCCGUCUCCUGCAGACGCCUCGUGAGUUACACAGAAUCACACUGAAACCAAAGAGAACAGACCAAGAUAAAACAUCUCAACAGGGACCAAUAAGGAACAUGAAACCACUGGGAUUACCACUGCCGGGGCUGCUGACACCUCAAACAUUGGAUGGACAUUCCUAAAGAGACAUUAUUUUUGUGUUUCAGAGGUUCAGUAACUGUAACUUCGUGACCACGGUGAUUUUUGAUGAUUGCUUAUGGGGACACUUAACUUUUCCACAUUCCCUUUUUCUUACAUCCAGUUUAUUAUUCAUGUACUAACACGUGUUUAUGUAUCUGUUGUUAAAACUGACACGACUCCAGCAGAAACACUCAGCAGU